UUGUCCAAAAGCAGGCAAGAGGAUCGCCCUGCCCUGAGCCGCCUGGUGGGCAGCAGGCGCCGGCUGAUCGCGGCCGGCGCGCUGGGGGUGGUCAUGGUGCUGCUGCUGGUCAUCCUCAUCCCGGUGCUGGUGAGCUCGGCCGGCACGUCGGCGCACUACGAGAUGCUGGCGCCGGGAGCGCCGGGCCUGAACGCGGCGGGGGCCAUCAGCGCCGCCACCUACAGCACGGUCCCCAAGAUCGCCUUCUACGCCGGCCUCAAGCGGCAGCACGAGGGCUACGAGGUGCUCAAGUUCGACGACGUGGUCACCAACCUGGGCAACCACUACGAUCCCACGACGGGCAAGUUCACCUGCUCCAUCCCCGGCAUCUACUUCUUCACCUACCACGUGCUCAUGCGUGGCGGCGACGGCACCAGCAUGUGGGCCGAUCUCUGCAAAAACAACCAGGUCCGGGCUAGCGCUAUCGCACAGGAUGCAGAUCAAAACUACGAUUAUGCCAGUAACAGUGUAGUUCUACAUUUGGAGCCAGGAGAUGAAGUUUACAUAAAGUUAGAUGGAGGAAAAGCUCAUGGAGGAAACAACAACAAAUACAGCACAUUUUCUGGAUUUAUAAUUUAUGCUGACUGAGAAUUGAGUCAAAAACUAAAUCUGUUCUUCUAAUUGAUGGACUCACAUGGCAAAAAUCAAUCAAUCAAGAAUUCCAGAGGAUACUGUCUGUGGGGACCUCAGUAAUGGGGCCUAAAUGCUACCUGACUUACACCUGGACAACCCAGAGAGUGUUAAAAAUAUAGAGCAAGUUAAAGAGAUAUGUGAUCCACUAUCGCCAAAGCAAAAUACUCGUUGUUAGUGUCCAUGUGAAUGAAGUUCUAUAUAGAUCACAACUUUUAUAGAGGGGGGAAAAACCUUAAAAGCACUGAAUUAUUUCUUCAGCAUAUAUAUGCUACUUUUGGUGUGCUAUGAUCUUGCUGCUUUUAUCCAUCCAUCAGCUUUGGUACUUGUGACUUACCUGCUAUGGUGCGUGUGGAGUCCAGCCCACUCAUAAUGUGCGGUAAGAAAAGGAAGAUGUAACUGAAUUCUGGUUAUUCCAUCCAAAAGAUUUAUCUGCCUAGCCCUCAUAUUCCCUUACUACCUAGGAAUAGAAAUUAACCUGCUUAAAGCCUUAGGUCUUAAUUGUUGUGUAUAUAGGGGAGUCAGGUGUUCGGUAUGAUUGCAGCAGUUACAUCUGGUUUUGAAUUGUCUGCUCUUGCUCCAAUCCAGUGAUUCCUUACAUACACAAGAGCUCCAGUUUACACAAAAAGUUCCAAGCCUCAGGAUGGUUAUUCAUUUCAACAAAGGAAGAGCAAACCAUGAUUACAUUGCCUUGUGCAUGCUGAUCGGCUGGCUGCUUCCACUGAAGUGAAUGUGCACAAGAGAGUUGCAGACACACUUCAGUGCAUGUAGUGCUCUGCCUCUAUAUCCAUAAAGGAAAGCCAAAGAAAAGCUUGGAAAAGUUCAGUUUUGUGAUAACUGUUGUUAAAUU